UUUGUGCGUUGCACUCAAUGUGGUUCAGUUUUCGGGAAGGGAAGCGGUUCGAAUUCCAAUGAAGAUUUUUUGACUUUAUUCCUAAUUAUACGUCUGAAUCGCGCUUGUAGUUAUAUUGUGUUUAUGCAUAAGAACGCCUUAUUAUUUUUACGGACUAUUAUUUUUUUAGAAUAUUACAUUUUGAUUGUUAAAACUGUCAAUGAUGUCGGCUGUAUUUGACGGAGGAUCGGUCGCCACGGUGCAGCCUCAACAGCUCUCCUCCAACUCAAUUGGGUUCCAGCAGUUUUUUGUAGUAUGGAUAGUUCUUUCCAUAUCCUCGUCAGUGGCUGUUGAUCGAAACAAUUUCAAAACCUGCAGUCAGAGCUCAUUCUGCAAGAGGCAAAGGAAUGUGAAACCUGGGAAUUCCCCAUACAGAGCACUGCUUAAUUCAUUGGAGCUUACAGAGAAAAAUAUCAAAGUACAGUUAAUAAAUGAAGUUAACAAGGUUCCUUUAUUACUUGAAAUAUAUGGACUUGAAGGAAAUAUGACCAGAAUAAAAAUUAAUGAGCUGAACCCUUUAAAGCCACGAUAUGAGGUUCCAGAUGUUCUCAUUCAAGAUCCCCCUACACUUCCGCUGGCUGUUACUGGCCGUGAUGACAACAGUAUUGAGCUUGCCUUGAGUCAAACGGAUCAUCGCCUGAUCAUCACUUCCAAGCCUUUCCGACUGGAUAUCAUGGCAGGCAAUGAACUGGUGCUUAGUGUCAACUCCAGGGGACUCCUGGUCUUUGAGCAUUUACGUCCACGCAAGGACACUUUCUCGGAUAAAAUAAGUAGCACAGUCGGUAGCAUGUGGGAUAGGAUCAAGAGUCUUUUCUCUAGUGAAUCUAAACCAGAGAAUUCAGAGAGUGAGACAGAGAAGCCAGAAGAUGGUAAUAGUGAGCAGUUAGAUGCAGCUGAAAAGGUAGACGAAGCUGAACCAGAAAAAAAUGAAAAGGAUGAAGAUAUUGAAAAUGGAAUGUGGGAAGAAACAUUUAAAACACACCGGGACAGCAAACCUAAUGGUCCUACAUCCAUCAGCUUGGACUUUUCACUUCCAGGAUUUGAAAAUGUAUAUGGCAUUCCAGAACAUGCAGAGAACCUAAAACUUAAAACAACAGAUAAUGGUGAUCCAUAUCGGCUAUACAACCUGGAUGUAUUCCAGUACGAAUUAUACAAUCCUAUGGCCCUGUAUGGAGCAGUUCCCCUAAUGCUUGCCCACAAUACCCAAAGAACACUUGGCAUUUUCUGGUUAAAUUCAGCUGAGACAUGGGUGGAUAUAAGUUCAAACACUGCUGGCAAGACUGUUUUUGGUAAGAUGUUGGAUUAUGUGCAGGGAUCUAAAGAAGCACCCCAGACUGAUGUACGCUGGAUCUCUGAAAGUGGCAUUAUAGAUGUGUUUAUACUGUUGGGACCCAAGCCUACUGAUGUUUUCCACCAGUAUGCUUCACUGACAGGAACACAAGCUUUGCCUCCUUUGUUUACAAUUGGAUAUCAUCAGUGCCGUUGGAACUAUAACGACCAGGAAGAUGUGCAUAAUGUUGAUGCAGGGCUUGAUGAUCAUGAUAUUCCUUGUGAUGUUAUCUGGCUGGACAUUGAACACACUGAUGGCAAGCGCUAUUUUACUUGGGAUCCAAACAAGUUUCCAAAGCCCCAAGAUAUGCUUCAGGAGCUGGAGGCAAAGAAAAGAAAGAUGGUCACCAUCGUGGAUCCUCAUAUUAAGGUAGACAGUGGGUAUAAGAUCUACAAUGAAAUUCGAUCACGUGAUUUAUAUACCAAAAACAAGGAUGGCAAUGAUUAUGAAGGCUGGUGCUGGCCAGGAAAUGCUGGAUACCCUGACUUUACUAAUCCAGAAAUGAGAUCCUUGUGGGCAAAAAUGUUUGCUUAUGAUCAAUACGAGGGAUCUAGAGAGAAUCUUUAUACCUGGAAUGAUAUGAACGAGCCUUCAGUGUUUAAUGGACCCGAGGUCACCAUGCAUAAGGAUGUUGUACAUAAUGGUGGUUGGGAGAACAGAGAUGUUCACAAUCUGUAUGGAUAUUAUGUGCAAAUGGCAACAGCAGAGGGUCAAGUGCUUAGGUCAGGUGGCAAGGAGAGGCCAUUUGUCCUGACAAGAGCGUUUUUUGCUGGAUCACAGCGCUAUGGGGCUGUUUGGACUGGUGACAAUGCUGCUGAGUGGGAUCAUCUCAAGAUUUCCAUUCCUAUGUGUUUAAGCCUUGGGUUAGCUGGAAUUUCCUUCUGUGGAGCUGAUGUUGGAGGUUUCUUCAAGACUCCAAGCACAGAGUUGUUGAUCCGUUGGUACCAAAUGGGUGCGUACCAUCCAUUUUUUCGGGCUCAUGCCCACCUGGAUACACCAAGACGAGAACCAUGGCUAUUUGGGGAAGAAAACACCAAACUGAUCCGCUCUGUAGUUCGUGAGCGUUAUGCACUCCUUCCAUUCUGGUACACUUUGUUCUACAAUGCAUAUCGCACUGGAGUGCCUGUCAUGAGGCCAUUGUGGGUUGAAUUUCCUACAGAUGUUACAACAUUUGCAGUUGAUAAUGAAUUUAUGCUUGGUAAUGCGUUGUUAGUUCAUCCAGUGGCCGAAGAAGGCUCAAGGGGUGUCACGGCUUAUCUCCCAGGCACAGGAGAGGUUUGGUAUGAUGUUCGCUCUUUCCAGAAAUACAUUGCCCCCCAGCAGCUGUACAUACCUGUCACCAUGAGCUCGAUACCAGUUUUUCAGCGUGGUGGCACCAUUAUACCACGAAAGAAUCGUGUUCGGAGGUCAUCAUCUUGCAUGAUAAAUGAUCCAUAUACUUUGUAUGUGGCAUUGAGUUCACAGAAUACAGCUGACGGAGAACUCUAUGAAGAUGAUGGACACAGUUUUAACUUCCAAACCAAAAAGGAAUAUAUUCACAGAAAAUUCACCUUUAUAAAUAAUAUCCUUACCUCAAGUAAUGCUGACAACAGCAGCCACUUCACAACAAAAGCCUGGCUCGAGAAAGUGGUGGUGAUGGGAGCACAGAAGCCCAGCAAAGUGCAUAUACAAAUAAAAGAUGGAAGUAUCUCAGAAGUUGAAUAUGAAUUUGAUGCUGCAACUUCAAUAUUAACACUUCGCAAACCAGCUGUUAAUAUUGCUGCUGAUUGGACCAUCCUUUUGCGGUAAUACACCCUGCUUUGCUGGACUGACCGACUGACAGACAGACAGGCACCAGGGUGCUGCUACAAAAAAUUACCACUCUGAGGAAGCAGAAGCUUCUGAUAGACAAAUGCAAAUCAGAGCCUCAUCCUGGAGAUCAUGUUGCCUCCCUACUCCUCCCCGUGCAAGAAAGACCAAGAUGAUGCCUUCUUUUCCACCCUAUCCAUCUUAUUUCAUUGCUACUUAUGCUAACGGUUAAUGACGCAUCAAAGGUUUGUGUCUGUGUAGAACAAAUCCUACUUGUUUCUCAUGAUUUCCAAUUGUGAAAAAGUAAACGAAGUUGUUGGGUUUUUUUUUUCUUUUUAUUACAGCUUAUUUUCCUCAAGGGGUUGAAAUAUUAAAUUUCAUUUUGGGAAUUUAAACUAUUGUUUCUUCUACUGAACUUCAAUUACAUAGGCAAAAAUUAAUGUUUAGUCUAUAUACGAAGUUAGACAUGUUUAUAUUUUGAAACUAACAUGAAAAAGUAUCCCAAAUCUGCUUUUAAUGUUCUAUAAACUGCAGUUUAAACUUCUCCUUCUGCAUGGGACCAGUUGUACCAAAAAGCUUUCAGGCCUCUUGCUGUUCACAUGAAAUGAGUGCUGGCUUUCUUUUCUUGCUUUAAAUGACAUUUUGUCUUUCACAGUCGCAUCCAGUGAUUGGGUUUGUUUUGUGUGUAGUGUAAUGUAUCCCUGUCUCUUGACAAUCUCCAGGAAUGUCUAAAACAAAACAGCAAAAUAUAUCAAUAACUGUUAGAAAUGUUUAAGUGUCUCUACAACCUACCAAGGUAGUAUGUGUUUUUUUUUUUUGUUUGUUUUUUGUUUAUUGGAGCCUAGUUUUGCUUCUCCCGCAAGACUCUAACUCAGUCAGGACACAGGGAUUUUUAAUUGUCCUUUUUAUGUAGUAUUAUAAUGGAUGAAAGUGUAAUUUAAAUAUGAGCUGUAAAGUUAAAUAACACAGUAAUUUUUUGCACCUUUUUCUUCUUAAAUCAACUACUUGAUGGUGCUCGUUAGCAUUUCUUCAGAACUGCUUUCUUGUUUUUGUUAAUGUUUAAAUGCUGUUUGAGAUCAAAACUGGUCAUUUCCUCAGUCGGUCAGUCAGGCUGCCUUUAGUUUUAAUUAAUUUGGUGAAGGACUAUAGUAAAGGAAGAAAUAGGACUGAGAUUGUUACCUGUAAACAGCCUUUAGUGAAGGUAUUGAAUUCAGAAGUCUCAAUUUAUUCAUCAGUUAACCUCAAAAUGUCACCUCCUAAUACCUUUUAAUUCUUCUGUAUAAUUUAGCAAAUAUAAAAUGUUCACUAGCCAGUUUGUAUCCUACAGAUUUGGCCUUUUAAACUUUCAGUUUGAGUGUGAUAGAGUAUGACCUCUUUUCUGAACUUUAGUGGCACUAUCACCACAAACAUUUUGUUUUAUCAUGUUUGGUUCACAAAAACGUAAUUCUGUUCUCCCCCACCCUGCCUCUCUUUAGUUUGGCAGUUCUGAUUGGUAACACAAUAUUGUUUCAUGUUAAAUAUUUAGAAACAUUUUUAUCAGAAUAUUUUUUAGAAUUCCAUAUGUUAUGAUUCAUUCCAUUUUUUUCCAAACCCACUCACCAUCCCCUACAAACCCCAAACCACCCUUCACACAGGUUUAUAUAUCUUACAUAGUCAAAUAUUUUGUUUGCUAUCCAGAUAUGUAGCUGGUGAAGACAUUUUUGCCUGAAGUGGCAGUGUUUUGCUAUUGAAGGUUUUUGGUCCCCAAACAUCUUUAUUUGUGUGUCUCCUUCUCUUCCGUUUUGAUUUUUUUUUUGGUCUGCUUCAGUUAAACAUUCCAGUUUAGUGGCAGUGAAAAGAUGUGUUCAUGAAGUGACCAGUUAUCACAAAAUGCACUCUGUUGAGGGGGCGAAUGUGGUGUUUCAUUAUGUGUCUGUGUGGCUCCCAUCUGUCAAAGUAAUUAAAGCCAUAUUUAUGUAAAAGGGUAGGGAGACUGAAUGCCUUGCUAACAUUUGGUUACCAGCCACAUAUUUCCCAUUAUGACUGUAUAGGUGAUUUUAUUUCCAGAUUUUUUUCUUCUGUUUUGUCAGUGUAUACAUUUUAUUAACUUAUCUGUGAUACUAGUACCAUCAUAAAGCACUUUACCUCAUUGGUGAAAUAAAGUAAUAAUAUGUGAUAUGCUUGUUUUAAAACGUUUCAGUUUUUUAAGCAAAUCAGGUAGGUAGUCCAGUCUUCUUGAGUUCUUAAGGUAUUGACAACUCCAUUUUUUAUAUAAUGUACAGGCACCUGGAAUUGUUAAAUUAUGAGUGGACUAGAGAAUGAAAUUAGGUUUCUGAGCCAGUAAUGCCCUCUUUAGCUUAUGCCGAUUUGCUACAGUAUUACAGCUUGGCAUUUAAUUUUUUUUUUCCCCUUCUCUUUUGCUCUCUGUCCUGAAUGCUGUUUUGUUUUUCAGGAGAGCAGGGUCAGAUUUCAGUUUUCCUCAGACAUGAUUUUCGGAGUGCAUGCACUAUCUUUGCUGCUAAUUGGUUUACAGAUUAAAAGAGAUAGAUGGUGCUCGGUGACAAAAUUAAAGAAUUAACUGUGGGUGGGGGA